UCCUAAACAACAGAUGGGCCUUUUUAUCUAAUUUUCUGAACCGAUCUUUUUUCUGAACGACAGAUGAGAGCCCCGCAGCUUGACCGAAACCUUAGCAACGUGGAGGCAGAUCUUUGCCUCUCGCAACACAUGCCUGUUUUUUAAAACUCAAAAGUCAACCACCUCAAACUUCCAUCUCUCUCCCCUCCUCAUCUGAGCAUUCCGAUUCUGCGAGAAGAACAGGAAUAACAAUGGUGGAUCGUUUCUUUCCGAAUGUGCUGCCAGACUUCGUAUCCGAAACAACGGAACAAAAAGAAGAAGUCGGAGAUACUCUGAUGAAACUCCUAUCCAUGCCCUACUCUUCUCUUUCUCAACAUUUCAAACGCGCCGCUUUGGACCUCAAAGAAACCGUAACGCUGGACACGUGGGGAUUGACAGGGCAGGAAGUGUCAGACUUUACCCUCUAUUGUGGCACUCUGGGCACCGCUUUCAUACUCUUCAAAUCCUAUCAACUUACCAACAACACCGCCGAUCUCUCCCUCUGCUUAGCCAUCGUUGAUGCUUGCAACUCCGCUUCCUUUUCUUCUCGAGAUGUAACCUUUUUGUGUGGUCGAGCGGGUGUUUGUGCUCUUGGUGCUGUAGCUGCAAAGCAUGCUGGAAAUCAAGAGUUACUUGAUUACUACUUAACCCAGUUCAAAGGGAUUAAUCUCUCAAGUAAUCUCCCUGAUGAGUUAUUGUAUGGAAGAGCUGGGUUUUUAUGGGCUUGUGUGUUCUUGAACAAGCAUCUAGGUGAAGGGACUAUUCCUUCUACAACCACUCGUGCAGUUGUUGAUGAGAUCAUCAAGAAUGGAAGGCUGUUAGCGAAGAAAGGAGGAGGAAGUCCUUUGAUGUUUGAAUGCUAUGGAGAAAAGUAUUGGGGUGCUGCACAUGGAUUGGCAGGUAUUAUGCAUGUUUUAAUGGACAUGGAGUUGAAACCAGAUGAGAUUAUGGAUGUAAAGGGCACUCUUAGAUACAUGAUUAGGAACCGAUUCCCGAGUGGGAACUACCCUGCAAGUGAACAAGAUAGAAAGAGGGAUGUUCUUGUGCAUUGGUGUCAUGGAGCUCCAGGGAUCGCCCUCACUCUGGUCAAGGCUGCUGAGGUUUUUGGGGAUGAUGAAUUUCUGGAAGCAGCUGUGGAUGCAGCAGAGGUGGUUUUCAACCGUGGGUUGCUGAAGCGAGUUGGAAUUUGCCAUGGCAUUAGUGGGAAUGCUUAUGUUUUCCUCUCACUCUACCGAAAAACAGGCAAUGUGGAGUUCUUAUACAGGGCCAAAGCAUUUGCUUGCUUUCUGCUUGAUCGGGCUCACAAGCUUAUAUCCAAGGGAGAGAUGCAUGGAGGCGAUAAGCUCUAUUCCCUGUUUGAAGGGAUAGGGGGUAUGGCGUAUCUUUUCCUAGACAUGAUUGAGCCCUUGGGGGCCCGAUUCCCAGCAUAUGAGCUUUAAGUUGUAGACUAAUUUAAAUAUAUGUUGCUUGUGGUAGCACCACUUGCCUUGAAUAUAUAUUGUGCGAAGACGAGUUCAUAUCACCUACAAUGAAUGGUAUGCAAUUAUGAAAUCUCAAGCAUGUAUGAGUUCGGGAACA